GGAAGUGGUGGGUGGUCCCAAGCGAGAGUCACGUGGGUCGCUCGCUUCCGGCUUGGGGAGGGAGGAAGGGAGGUGGCGCAGGCGCACUUCGGUGGCUGCUGCCACUUCGGGGGAGUUUGCUGGGCGAUCGGCACGAUCGGCUCCUCGCUCGGCCUAAGGGGGCCUCCAUGUUGACCUGACCCCGCUUUUUUUUAGGGGACCAGGGCGGGGACGUUUAUCCUGCGAGGAUCGUGGACAAACAGACAAACAAAAGGACCAAAGAGGAGGCCUCCAUGGCGGCCCUGGGCCCCGGCAGCCAGAAUGUCACCGAGUAUGUUGUUCGAGUUCCCAAAAAUACCACCAAAAAGUACAACAUUAUGGCCUUCAAUGCAGCCGAUAAAGUCAACCUGGCCACUUGGAAUCAGGCCCGGCUGGAGCGAGACCUGAGCAACAAGAAGAUUUACCAGGAGGAGGAGCUGCCCGAGUCGGGCGCCGGCAGUGAGUUCAACAGGAAGCUGCGGGAGGAGGCGCGGAGGAAGAAGUAUGGCAUCGUGCUCAAGGAGUUUCGGCCCGAGGACCAGCCCUGGCUGCUCCGAGUCAACGGCAAGGCAGGCCGGAAGUUCAAGGGCAUCAAGAAGGGCGGCGUGACGGAGAACACGUCCUACUACAUCUUCACCCAGUGCCCCGAUGGCGCCUUCGAGGCCUUCCCCGUGCACAACUGGUACAACUUCACGCCGCUCGCCCGCCACCGCACGCUCACGGCCGAGGAGGCAGAGGAGGAGUGGGAGCGGAGGAACAAGGUGCUGAACCACUUCAGCAUCAUGCAACAGCGGCGCCUCAAGGACCAGGGCCAGGACGAGGAGGAGGAGGAGAAGGAGAAGCGUGGCCGCAAGAAGCCCAGCGAGCUGCGGAUCCAUGACCUAGAGGACGACCUGGAGAUGUCGUCAGAGGAUAGCGAGGCCAGCGGGGAAGAGGGUGGUCGAACCUCCAAGGCCACAAAGAAGGCCCCACAGUCCAAGGGCAGCAAGAAAAAGAAGAAGAAGAAGGGGUCGGACGACGAGGCCCUGGAGGACAGCGACGAUGGGGACUUCGAGGGCCAGGAGGUGGAUUACAUGUCGGACAGCUCCAGCUCUGAGGACGAGCUGCCCGGAAAGGCUAAGGCCCAGCAGCAGGAGGAGGGCCCCAAAGGCGUGGGGGAGCACAGUGAGAGCAGUGAGGAGAGCGAGGAGGAGAAGGCGCCUGAGGAGGAACGGGAGGAGGAGGAGGACAAGAAGGCGCCGACGCCACAGGACAAGAAGCGCAAGAAAGACAGCAGCGAUGAGUCUGAAAGUUCUGAGGAGAGUGACAUUGACAGCGAGGCCUCCUCAGCCCUCUUCAUGGCGAAGAAGAAGACGCCCCCCAAGAGAGAGCGGAAGCCAUCAGGCAGCAGCUCCCGAGGGAAUAGCCGGCCGGGGACGCCCAGCACCGAGCCAGGCAGCACGCCGUCCACCCUUAGGGCAGCCGCCAACAAGCUGGAGCAAGGCAAAAGGACCAGCGAGACACCAACGGCCAAGCGGCUGAGGCUGGAAGCCGGAGCCCAGAACCCAUCGGGCAAGUCCACCCCGCAGCCUCAGUCGGGGAAAUCAACACCCAGCAGCGGGGAUGUGCAGGUGACAGAGGACGCCGUGCGCCGCUACCUUACCCGGAAGCCCAUGACCACCAAGGACCUGCUGAAGAAAUUCCAGACCAAGAAGACGGGGCUGAGCAGCGAGCAGACAGUCAACGUCCUGGCGCAGAUCCUCAAGCGCCUCAACCCCGAGCGCAAGAUGAUCGGGGACAAGAUGCACUUUUCCCUCAAGGAGUGACACCC